AUGAAGGAAAGCUACGUGCCUGCGACAGACGCGAUACCAAACAAGCCAAUUUCGAAGCCUAGGCCAAAGAAGAAGAAGAAGGAAAAGACGCUUCCGGGUAACGUCGGCACGGAUGGUUGGCCACAGCACUUUAUCAAUCUUGAUAAGACUUUUAAGGCAGUUAACACUGUCCUCGCUUUCUGCUCCGCUCAGACAGCUUUAGCGGCGACAUUUGACCAAAUCCUGAAAUCGAUAGAGGGCUUGUUGAAGCGAGAGCUCGAUUUAUUCGACAUUGCUCAGAUAAAAGCUAUUAUACCAGACAAUCUGCGAUUCGCAUACGUAAAUAAAUCCUCAAUUAACAUCCAUACUGAGCACAAAUACUUCAGCGGUUACGGCAGAGAUAGGAAUGUUGAUGACGUAUUCAUACCGCCAUCAACUUCGAGCGACGUUGAUGAUAACGAUGUAUCGAAGCAAGUCUUAGUGCUCGAGUUCACUGACGUCCGUUCAUUACACUCCCGCCAAAAGCAGCAGCGGGAUGUCGAGCUGAACAAGGCCCCAACAUUGACACGCGGCGACACGCUCAAAUUGAUCGAAAAGCGUAAUGACAGAUUCAAAGUGGCUGUGAAUGAGCUUCUCGGAGCGGCUUUAGAGACAGGAGACGAUCCAAUCCAGCUCGUCACUUCAGCUGCUCAUCAGCAUGUGCCUGCGAAACCAUUCAUGCAUCCUGCAUUGAAGAAUGCUCUGGCUAACAAGUCAUUACCCAUUCAACGUCCCUCGAUCGAACAGGUGCUGGAUGAGUUUAAGCAGCAGGAAUGGUUUAGAGAGCAGCCCAUAUUCCUCAAAACUAUCCCCGCUAGACAGGCAGUCUAUUCAGAUUGGAGUUUCGAUAUCCCCGAUAACAUCCGACUUGGUCUGAGGUCUUCCCUCCAUGUGGAGACUCUAUUUGCACAUCAAGCUCAAGCCAUCCAGAUUCUCAACGAGGGGAGAAAUGUCAUUGUGUCGACAUCCACUGCGUCUGGUAAAUCACUCAUUUAUACCCUCCCUUUUCUACUGUCGCUCGACAAAGACAGAGAUUCCACCGCUUUCUUCGUUUUUCCUACGAAAGCUCUAGCACAAGACCAGAAUGCGAAAUUACGAGAACUGGUGGGCAGUAUUGAAGGGAUGGAAGAUGUGGUGGUUGACACAUUCGACGGCGACACACCGCAUGAAAGACGUGACGAACUGCGUGAGACUGCUAGUCUGCUCUUUACCAACUUCGAUACACUGCACCACACCAUGCUUCCGCGGGAAGACACAUGGCGGCAUUUCUUCCAAAACUUGAAGUAUGUGGUAAUAGACGAGCUGCAUUACUACAGCGGGGUCCAGGGUGUGCACAUAGCAUUCGUGAUGAGGCGACUGCGCAGGCUGUGCGCAGCGCUCAAUAACACAUCUGUGCAAUUCAUUUCAACUUCCGCUACAAUCGGCAACCCCAUUCAACAUUUCCGCACGCUUUUCGGAGUAGACGACGUAACGCUGGUAGACAUAGAUGGUGCGCCGACAGGACAGAAAGAGUUCCUGAUAUGGCGCCCUGGUCUGAUAGACGAGAUGGUGCCAAAUGGACCGCGCCAUAACCCUAUGCAUGAGGCGUCGCAGCUGCUUCGCUAUCUCGUGAGCCGGGGUAUACGCACAAUCGUGUUCUGCAAGCACAGAAAGAGCUGCGAGAUGUUGAUGAAGAAUGUUAGACACGAGCUGGUAGUGAGUGGACGUAUGGAUCUCGUCAAUCGCGUAGUCAGCUAUCGUGGUGGAUACAACCAGGAAGAGAGGAGGAGGAUUGAGAAGGAGCUGUUUAGCGGCCAGCUUCUUGGCGCUGUAGCUACCAAUGCUCUUGAAUUGGGUAUUGAUGUGGGGGCACUUGAUGCUGUCAUUUGUCUCGGAUUCCCUUUCUCGCUCUCGUCGCUGAGACAGCAGAUUGGUAGAGCGGGCAGAGCGCGAAGGGAUUCACUUGCUGUGCUGAUUGCUGAAUCACUACCACUCGAUAGCUAUUACAGCACUUAUCCCGAAGAAAUCUUCUCUCGCUCGCCCACGGAUGUACAAGUCGAUCUCGAUAACGACGUCAUAUUCGAGCCGCAUCUGCAGUGCGCAGCUGACGAGCUGCCCGUGUCGAUCGAUAGCGAUAAGGUGUUUUUCGAGGAGGAGCAGCUGCGCAGGGUAACGCUCAAGGCACUCGAUAGGGAUAGAGAAGGAUGGUAUCAUUGUGAUCCGAGACUCCGGCCGUAUCCAUCCCGCUUCGUUAAACUCAGAGGCAAUGAGGAGUCAGCGUACAAAGUGUUCAAUAUGCACAAAAAUUCUGAGUCUCUUAUUGAGCAGGUGCAGGAAUCCAGAGCUAUUUUUGAGCUAUACGAGGGAGGAAUAUUCUUUAAUGCGGGUUUGGCCUACCAGAUGUAUGAGGUGUCGCAUGACACAAAGACAGUCAGAGCCAAGCAGGUUGAUGUCAACUUCAACACCAAACCGAGGUACUUCACAGACGUAGAUCCAAUGGAAACCUUUAGAAUGCGCGCUAUAGAGGGAUCAACUCGACGUGCCUUCUACGGCAAAAUAAAAAUAUCGUCGCAUGUCUUUGGAUAUCUGAAACUAAGAGAUUUCAAGGUUUUAGAUGUUGUCGAUCUUGAGACAUCGCCUUAUGUGCGAUCUACUAAUGGGUUCUGGCUAGAUGUACCCUCUAAUGCCAUGCAGAUCAUGACGGUGAAGUCCAUCAACCCAGCAGAGGCUAUCCAGGCAUCGCAGCAUGCACUUUUGAGUCUCACGCCGCUCUAUGCCAUGUCUGCUGAAGGUGACAUACUCACUGACGAGAAAAAGGCUCAGAAGGAAUACAAGACGAAUGAAAGCAAACGUAAAAGACCAGGAAGACUUAUCAUAUUUGAUGCGGUUGGAAAAGCUUCCGGGGUGUCAAUGAAGGCGUUUGAAAAAAUUUCCGAACUUUUACAUCACGCUUUGGAUGUUAUCCUGAGAUGCGAAUGUGAGCUCGGGUGCGUAGGCUGCGUUGAAGGUGAAGUUAAAGAUGGCCAGGCAUCGACAAGUAAAAUUGGUGCCAUUGUCGUGUUGUCUUUCUUGGUGGGUAGGCAGUUGUCGAUGGAUGAUGUACCUGAUCAGGCUCCAUUCGUGCAAUCUCAGCAGUUUAUCUACCCAGACACAAUAGUACAAGCUGAAACAAUCACAAAUGCCGAUGUAGAAUUAGAAAAACAGUAA